AUGGCAAGAGUUAAAAGAUCUCAAUCUAAAAUUCAGCAGAGAACUUCAAAGAAAAGAAAGUAUGAAGAUUCCCUUCUAGAAAAUGGUACAUUCAAUGAUAUUGGGGAAGUAGAUGCUGCAGCAAUGGAAAUACUUGGACAGGAAGAAUCUUCAAGUAGAAGUAAGAGUAAGAAGGAAAAUAAAUGGGACAAUGAACUUCAAGAUUACGAAUUGAAACCCAGAACUCUGAAAAAUUACGAUAAUGAAGAAGACUUAGUUGAAGGUUUACCAAUCAAAAUUGGUGGAAAAAUUGAAAGAAAGCUACAUAAAAAAGAGAACAAACUACAUGGAAAUGAGCAAGGUGAAGAUAGUAAUGAAGAUAAUAUUGAAUCGGCUAAAGGGCAAAAAGAAGACCAACUUCAAGACGACGAUGAGGAAGAAGAAAAUCCUGAUACUGAAGAAAAAAUUAUUGAAUUAAAAGAACUUAUUGCUGAAUUGGUGGAGAAGAUAAUGACUGAACCAGAAGAUAAUGUUGCUGCAUUGGGCCGUUUAUGUAAAAUGGCUGGUUCAAAAAAUCCAAAUACUUGCAAAUUUUCAACGCUAGCUUUGGUUCCAGUUUUUAAAAGUAUCAUCCCAGGAUACAAAAUUAGACCAUUAACUGAACUCGAAAAAAAAGAGAAGGUUUCAAAAGAAGUAGCAAAAUUAAGACAUUUUGAGCAAUCUUUAAUUAUUCAUUAUAAGACAUAUUUAGAUUUAUUGGUUAAAUUUUCUAGAGUUGCAAACAAUGACUCACCAAUUAAAGUAGCUAUAGGUAAUUUAGCAGUUCAGGCUGCAAACCAAAUUGCAUUUAAUGCAUCUCAUUUCAACUUUAAAACUGAAGUCUUAACUCUAUUAAUUCGUCGUAUAGCAAAGCCAAAUUUAUCAGCCGAUCCAACUGCGGCACAAACCAUUAAAACCCUGGAAAAUUUAAUGGUUGAUGAUGAUGAAGGUGCUAUAUCUGUUGAUAUUGUUAGAAUUUUUUCAAAGAUUUUAAAAGUAAGAAAGUAUUCCAUUGAUGAAUCUGUUUUGAACAUACUAUUAUCUCUAGAUGUUUUGAAGGAUUAUGAUCCUAACACUAAAAAUAAUGAGGAGGAAAUUAGGAUUAAACAAAGGAAGAAAGAUAGAGUCCAUCUAUCUAAAAAACAAAGAAAAGCCAGGAAAGAAAUGAAGGAAAUUGAAGAAGAAAUGCGCAAAGCUGAACUGGCUGUUUCUGCUGAAGAACGAGAGCAUAAUCAAGCUGAAAUACUGAAAUUGGUAUUAUCUUUGUAUUUGAAUAUUUUACGUGAAGGAUCUGCAGUAUUGCUGGCUCCAGUAUUGGAAGGUUUAGCCAAGUUUGGUAAUAUGGCAAACUUUGAUUUGUUAGGUGACUUCUUAGAGGUUUUAAAAGAAAUUAUUAGAGAUACUGAUCUAGCAUUGUUAUCCCCAAUAGAAAUUAGGAAAUUUUUAUUAUGUAUAGUUAGUGCCUUCUCUUUAGUGUCCAAUAAUAACGCAAUGAAAAUAAAUAUUGACUUAUCCGUGUUUGUGGAGGCUUUAUACUCAAUUUUACCGAUGAUUGCAUUAGAUUCUGAUAUUGAAUUGUCCUAUAAAUCCUUAAGAUUUGCUGAUCCCUUAGGUAUAGAAAUUACAAAACCUGCAGUGGACGUUUCAACAAAAGCUGAAUUACUAUUAAAAGCUUUGGACCACAUUUUCUUUAGAUCAAAAUCAGGCACAAAAGAAAGGGCUACUGCAUUUACUAAAAGAUUAUAUAUGCUAAUGCUACAUACCCCUGAAAAGACUAGCAUGGCUAUUCUUAAAUUUAUUGAUAAAUUGAUGAAUAGAUAUCCUGAAAUUCGUGGGUUAUACUCAACAGAAGAUUGCAUAGGAAAUGGUAUAUUCCAUUUAGAAUCGAACAGCAUAUCUAGAUGCAAUAUUGAUGCUGCUACUCUAUGGGAAAACUCAUUAUUAUGGAAUCAUUAUAGCUCAGUUGUCGUUAAGGGUGUAAAUGCAUUAUCUAACCGCUCAAAAGAUUCAAACAGAUAA